AUGGAUCAACAACUCCGAGCCCGUCUGUUCGAUUCAUUCGUUCUCCCAGCGCUCUGUUAUGCAGCAGAGACGGGGCUUGACACUGUGGCUACGUCGAAGGGUCUCCGAGCAACCCUCAGAGCGCUAGAAGGACGUCGUUUGAAAUAUGAGAUCAAUGUCUCGUUUCGCGAUCCAGAGGAAUACGUCUCUAAGGAAAAAUCAAUGGUUUGGUCAUUUAUUGAGAAGAACACGCGACAGAUGAACACUGAGAACUGUGGAAUGGAUCUCUCAUACAGAAAAUGUCCUCAAAAGGGAGGCCACCGAACACAUGGGCUGACUGUUUGUUGGAAGGAUGAACUAGCUGAAUUUUCAGCUGGUAAUCAUUCACAGAUUUGGACCUCGCAAAAGUCGCCGCCGCAGUUCAAUACCAUCGAGUAA